AUGGCCGACGCGUCUAUGCAGUCCAGCAAGCCGCAGUCGUCGCGAGGCACCAAUCCCAACACCGACUACAAGGUGCACUACCUCAGGUGCAAGGACAAGUUUGACAGAGUGACGACGGAGCAAGCCGAGUUCAAGGCCAACAUCAGCCGCGCCUCGAAGAAGCAGCAGAAGCUCCGCGACGAGAUCAUCUUUCUCCUCGAUGCCAUCGCCGCAAAGCAGGCACAGAGGGCCGCGGACGCCGCUGCGUACCACCCACCCCCUCCGCCUGCCAUGCCUGCUCGGGACCCACGCCGGCUCUACGCGUCUCCGACAAAGGCAGAGCCCUACGAGACUCGCCCACAGGCCUACGGCUAUGACCACGGACCCUCGGAACGUCAGGAGUACCGAGCCGGAUCGGCGCAGUCACCGCCCGCGCCAGGGUUUGGCGGCACUUACAAGCGGCCGAGGCCGCCUUCGGCCGACUUCGAGCGUCCGGCACGCUAUCAAGACGAGGCAGAUGCGACACACGCCGAGGGCGAUCCAGCAAGGCAGCGCUAUGACGAGGCCGAACUCCCAGAGCCCCCGGCACUCAAGCGAGCGAGAAACCACUGA